ACGUGGGCCGCAGCCCACGUGGGCGAGGGAGCGCCGCGGCGCCGGCUGGCUGGCAGACAAGCGGGCAAGCUGUGGUGCUGGGCAAAGGCGCGGCUGGGCCAGUCCGGGGGCCAGUCCGGUGGCCACCGCGAGAGAGACCACGAGGCAUAGGCCUCGGCACAGGCUGAUGAGACAAAAACGCAACCAUGCCUGAUUAUUAGCGCGCUUGGCAGAGGACGCGGAAGAAGGCCCAGCGUGUCAACGGGUUUCCUCCGGAAGUUCGGCUACUUUAAGAAAAAUGGCCCUGUCAGCCCAACAGAUACCCAGAUGGCUCAAGCUGAGUGGCUUCAUUACUGCUGCACAACUCAGAGCACGUUUUCAGAGACCAGGGAGAACGCUGUUGUAUGGCUGUGUUGCUCAGCCUCAGCUGUCCUCUGACAAUUGCUUUCUCCAGUGGGGUUUUAAGACUUACAGGACUUCUUCCUUAUGGAAUAGUUCCCAGUCUACCAACUCAAGUAGGCAAGAGAUUAAUUCUGCCCAGAGCACUCUGCUUCCUUCCGUGAAUGAGCAGUCACCAAAGACACAAAAGACACCCAACAUUGAUUCUGAACUGUCUCUAGAAGGACUGGACGACUUGCCCGCACUGUCUCCAUUGCAGCCGGUUUCCGAGGAGGAGGCUAUUCGGAUUAUUGCAGACCCUCCACUGCCCCCUUCUUCAUUCACGCUUCGAGACUAUGUGGAUCAUUCGGAGACUCUGCAGAAGUUAGUGCUUCUAGGGGUGGACUUGUCCAAGAUAGAAAAACAUCCAGAUGCAGCCAACCUCCUCCUGCGACUGGAUUUUGAAAAAGACAUUACGCAAAUACUCCUGUUUCUUAAAGAUUUGGGUAUGGAGGAUAACCAACUGGGAACAUUCCUGACUAAAAACUAUGCUAUUUUUUCUGAAGACCUUGAAAAUCUUAAGACCAGGGUUGCUUAUCUACAGUCAAAAAAUUUCAGUAAGGCAGAUAUUGCACAGAUGGUCAGAAAUGCACCAUUUUUGCUGAGUUUUUCCGUGGAAAGAUUGGACAACAGAUUGGGAUUUUUUCAGAAAGAACUUGAACUUAGUGUGAAAAAGACUAGAGAUCUGAUAAUUCGUCUCCCACGACUACUAACCGGAAGUCUGGAGCCUGUGAAAGAGAAUAUGAAGGUUUAUCGGCUUGAACUAGGUUUUAAACAUAAUGAAAUCCAACAUAUGGUCACCAAAAUCCCCAAGAUGUUAACUGCAAAUAAAAGGAAACUUACUGAGACUUUCGACUAUGUGCACAAUGUGAUGCGAAUUCCCCACCACGUCAUUGUCAGGUUCCCCCAGGUCACAAGUACCGCCUCUUGGAACCGGGACCAGUUCCAAACCCGCUGGAUGGAUAAAACCCAGGGGGCUGGAGAGGUGUGCAGGACAAGAACCAAACACCGGCCGCCAGAACUGCGCCUGCGCGAGCGUCCUCCCUCUCCUCGCGACGUGACGUAGCGCGCCUGCGUACUGGAUCCUGCGCGUCCUUUAGGACUUACCCAUCCGGCAACGCUUCUGUCUCGGGUCAAA